AUGGGGAUAGAUGCACACAACUGUGGUGAUGUGUACAAACAAAAACAUCAGUGGGAUAGUUUGGAACAUAAAUACUCCUAUAUCUCUGAUAUGUUCAAAGAGAACAAUAGUUCCUUUGACAAAGUUAUCAAGCUCUACCAGAAGGAAAUAGCCUACCAUGUGAUAUAUGAGACAACUGAUAACCCGUCGGGCACAAGAUGCCAUAAAGGAAAACGGGAGGUGCAUAACCACGAAGUGUGUGUACUUACAGAUGAGGAACUACAUACGGAAGUGUUGAUAACGCUAUCCAUGAUGCUUCUGUAUGGAUGA